AUGCUUGGGAAGUAUCGGUUGAUCGAUCUCUCAACAGGGAUGCCUCCGUGUAGUAAGUAACGCGAACAGCAAAACGUCUAGGGGAGCAGCCCCUUGACAUGAUGUCAACCAACCAUCCAUCCAGCCUUACCAAACAGCACUUCCCUUCAACACGUCUUCGUUGAAUGUCAACCCUCGAGUUGCUUUCCUCCACCAUCAACUGGUGACAGUGCAUUCGUGAGUUAUCACUUGACAUUGGCUGUGCAGGCAGGUGUGAUGGAAAAACUGAUACGAACAACAGACAUUGGAUCGUCAGUGACAGGAGGUGACCCUAUCCCCGAAAAGCGGGGGCACCCACCGUGGCCUGUCUGGGAAAACGACAUCGAUGCCCACAAACACCCCAUAUUCUACAACAACGCUCGCGAAGGAAGCAGGCCACGGGAAAAUACAGCGGAAGGAUUGACUUCGUACGGUUGAGAAUCCAGGUCCAUUGGACACUAAAUGUGAGUCUUCACUGUCAUUGCUACAGAUGGACAACAGCAAGAAUACUGACAGUUGUAAUAAACGAAUCACACAGAAAAACAGGCUUUGGUUCCGUGGAUUGCGGCUCACCAUCCCGUGGCAGAUCCUCAACGGCUCGGUUCGGUGGAGUGACCGUCGUGUUGGCAGGUGUGUGCCAAUCUUUCAAAAGCAAAGCGCAGGGCAGCAUGACUAACUGAUCGAUUGGACUGCAACAUCACAGGGGAUCCGAAGCAAUGCCUUCCCAUUAUUCCAAGUCAUCGCCUGCACAAAUCGUCGACGCUUGCAUCAUGAAUGGCGACUUCUGGGGCGAUCUCUCUGUAAGUAGUAGUCCUUGCCUGACUUUGAGACCCUAUACUAACAACAGCCCACGGUGCGAGCGCAGACAAACAUGCGUCUUCUCACCGCUGCAGACCGCAUGACCGCAAGGGAACGCGCGAAGGCAAUACGUCGAUAGGCGAAAAAGUCGAAUACUUCCGAGAUCGAGCAAUUCUGGCGCUCGCAGGUGGAUCAGAUCAACGACAUGGUGUUCGACCUGCUGCCGGGUGACGCUCAAACGUUCUACAGCGCGGAUUCGGUCGACAAUGAAGACGAAUCACUGUUCUCGAUCGAGUACCAUCAGAGUCUCAACAUCGCCGGAAUGCCGUUGCACCCUGCAAGAUUCAAAGUGGAAACUUGGACCCCGCCGCGGAGCUGUGCAACGGCACAAGACUGUUGUCAACUCGGUUACACACCCGCGUGCUCGAGGCCAUCAUUCUCACAGGAGAUCAUGCUGGACAGCCAGUUUCGUUGCCACGGAUCACGCUGAAGACAGGGCCAUCAGCUGA